ACAGCCAGUGUACCGGUUUCUCCCAUCUGGCAGUGUAGAAGAACUUUCGUCGUUUUUACCAAAAAUAAUAAUAAUAAUAAUAAAAAUAAAAAGAACUUUGGUCGUUGAAGUCAAACCCGCAUACUGGGUAACGUUUUACUCAUAUUCAUGUCCAAAAGCCGCCAAUUGCAUAUUUUGCUUCAAACCAAAAAAAUAAAAAAAUAAAUAUACAUAUUUUGCUUGUUUCCUGUUGGUGACAAAUCUUGGGGUUUCUUUGCCGUGGACAUGGCAGAUGUAGUUCUAUCUCCACUUCUACAGGUUGUUUUUGACAGACUAGCCAAUCCUUUUCUUGAAGAAGUUGCAAAUGUUUGUGGCCUCAAAAAGGAGGUCAAGAAGCUUCGGCGGACAUUGGAGGUGGUUCAAGCUGUUCUUGAAGAUGCAGAGGAGAAGCAGUUUACUGAUAAAGCUUUGAGACUCUGGUUGGAAGAGCUCAAGGAAGUAGCCUUUGAUAUGGAUGAUUUGCUUGAUGAUUUGCUUUCCAAUAACAGUGCCAAUAAAUUUGCUGAACAGGUUAGCUCUUUUAUCCCCUCUUUCGGAAAACUUGCAAAUUACAAGGAUUUGUUGAUGAAUCUGAACCAAUUGAACCAAGUUAAGCAGACUUUUGAAUUGUUGGUAGAAGAGCGGUCUAAUUUCAAUCCGAAAGAGAGAGAUGGGAAUAGAGGUUACAGGAGUAGACGAGGAAGGCAAACUGGGUCUUUCAUAAUUGAAUCUGAAGUGUUUGGGAGAGAUGAAGAUAAAGAGAGGAUAAUAGAGAAAUUAGUGUCAAAUUAUAGAGGUAGUACAAGUCUUCUGGACAUUUUAAUUAUCUCUAUUGUGGGAUUAGGAGGUAUUGGUAAAACAAUUCUUGCCCAGUUAGCCUAUAAUGAUGAAAGGUUAACAAAACAUUUUGAUCUCAAAAUAUGGGUCUGUGUCAAUGAUGAUUUUGAUGCGGUGAAAAUCAUGACUUCGAUUAUAGAGUCGGCCACUAAAAGUAAAUGUGAUGUCCUUGGAAUGGAUGUCUUGCAGUAUCAAGUGCGGGAAAUAUUAGUCGGAAAGAGAUACUUGCUUGUGUUAGAUGACGUAUGGAAUGAAGAUCAAAGUGAAUGGGAGAAAUUGAGAACAUUGUUCAAAAGCAGUGUUGAAGGAAGUGCAAUCAUUGUGACUACUCGGAGUGAAAAAGUUGCAUCAAUAAUGGGUACAACUUGCAUUUAUCAUUUGGAAGGUCUGGCUGAAGAAGAUUGUUGGUCUUUGUUCAAGCAACGAGCAUUUGACCGCAGUGAAAGAGACCCAUCAAACUUGUUCCCCAUAGGUAAAGAAAUAGUGAAGAAGUGUGGAGGUGUACCUUUAGCAGCAAAGACCUUAGGAAGUCUGAUGCGCUUCAAGAGGGAUGAAAGUGAGUGGUUGUUUGUCCAAGAAAGCAAUCUAUGGGAUGUGUCUACAAGUGACAAUGGAACUUUGCCUGCCCUAAGGCUGAGUUACAAUAAUCUGCCAUCACAUCUGAAAGGAUGCUUUGCUUUUUGUUCGAUAUUUCCUAAAAAUUACGUAAUCAAGAAGGAGAAACUGAUACAGUUAUGGAUUGCAGCAGGAUUACUUCAGUCACCAAAAGGAGAAAAAUCGCUGGAAUUUAUUGGCAAUGGUUAUUUCAAUGAUUUGGUGUGGCUGUUUUUCUUUCAAGAUAUACAGAAAAAUGACAGCGGAAAUAUAACUGAAUGCAAAAUGCAUGAUCUCAUUCAUGAUCUAGCACGAUCUGUUUCAGGAAAUGAAUUCUUGAUGUUGGAAGAAAGCAAUAUGACCAAAGAUUUCUCCUGUAUUCGUCACUCAUCCGUGGUAUGUAAUUUUAACUUAUAUACAAUUCCAGAAGCCUUGUAUGAGGCCAAGAAGUUGCGAACUCUCAUCUUGUUACUUCCUAAGGGCAACCUCGGAGAAAUUCCUUCUGGGGUGUUCUCAAGUUUUAGGUACUUAAGGAUCUUGGAUUUAAGCAGCAGUGGUAUCAAAAAAUUGCAUGAAUCGAUUUCCUCAUUCUUAUUUUUAAGGUACCUUGACCUUUCUAACACUCAUAUUCGAGAAUUACCUGAAAGUAUCUGCGCUCUAUGUAAUUUGCAGGUAUUGAAUAUUUUUGGUUGUUAUAACCUCAUUGAAUUGCCAAGCCAAAUAGCAAAUCUAUCUAAACUGAGACAUUUAAUUAUAACUGGCUGUGAAAGGUUAACCAAAAUGCCACAUGGGAUGGGAAAAAUGAUAUAUCUCCGGACACUGUCAUUGUUUAUUGUAGGAACAGAGACAGGUACAAGCCUUAACCAGCUGGGAAAUUUAAAUCUAGGCGGUGAGCUAAGUAUUAGUCAAUUGGAAAAUGUGAUGGAUGAAGAAGAGGCAAAGUCAGCUGACUUGAUUGGCAAAAGAAACCUUCAGUCCUUGGAUCUAUCUUGGGGAAAUCAUAGCAAAGGUUCUUACAGGGACAGCAAUAAUAAUGAUGUAACACCAGAAAAAGUUCUUGAGUCCCUCCAACCGCAGGCAUAUUUGAGAAGGUUGUCUAUAAAAGGGUAUGGAGGAAUACGUUUCCCUGACUGGCUAGGUGAUCUUAAAGUUCCAAAUCUAAUUGAAAUUGUGCUGAUGAACUGUAGAAGUUGCAAAAAUCUCCCUACACUAGGUAAACUUCCCUUCCUUAAGGUUCUCUACUUGCAAGGAAUGGAUGCAGUGAAGACAAUUGGCAGUGAGUUCUAUGGGGAAGGCAUAACAACACCAUUCUCAUCUCUUAGAGAAUUAAGCCUCAUUGAUUUUCCCAAUUUAGAAUAUUGGUGGAGUGUCAAUGGGAGAGAACAGUUUCCUUCUCUUGUCAAACUCACAGUGAACAAAUGUUUGAGAUUAAAGAAUAUGCCGUCCUUUCCCUUACUAAAGGAUCUGGUGUUGAGGAGUUGUAGUGAUGCAUUACUAAGGUCAACGACAAGUGUAACUUCGCUUACAAGCCUAAUCAUUGAAGAAUUUCCAGAGCAAUUGAUCUUUUUAGAAUGUUUGCUUCAGAACAAUUCUCUUCUGGUGUCUCUGAAGAUUAGCUCUUGCCCCAAGCUUCAGUCCAUCUCUCCUUAUCUAGGAAAGCUUAUCAAUUUAAGAACUUUAACAGUUCGUUGGUGUGGGGAGCUACUUUCAUUGCCAGAAGGACUUAGGAACCUGACUUUGCUGGAUUCAUUAGAAAUAACUGAGUGCCACAGCCUUACCUCGUUACCUGAAUGUAUACAAGGAUUGAGCUCUCUUCGAUCUUUGUCAAUUGAGAAUUGCAAUAACAUUACAUCUCUGUUACCGGGGCUGAAAUUCCUUUCAGCACUGGAGCAUUUGACUAUUAUGUUCUGUCCAGUACUGAGUUCCUUGCCUGAUGAUUUGCAACAUCUCUCUACUCUUAAGAGCUUGUGUAUCAUGAAUUGUCCACAGCUGGGAUCUCUUCCAGAUGGAUUACAAUAUACCACUACAUUGCAAAAUAUGGAAAUCCGAAGCUGUCCGGGUCUGCAAGCUUUGCCCGAGUGGGUAGGAUAUCUUACCUCACUUAGAUCUCUGACAUUAUCAGAUUGUCAUAAUCUAGCAUCUCUGCCUGGAAGUUUUCAAUGCUUAAGUUCCAUCCAGCAUCUGUCAAUUCGAGAAUGUCCGAAUCUGGAAGAACGGUGCAAGAAGGAUGUAGGUGAAGACUGGCCAAAAUUGAAACACAUUGCGCAUGUUUACAUUGGACCACUGCACUUUGGGACAUAUGAGUCUGGAGGAAGCUCGUCCCGCUGAAAUUUAAAAUUUCCUCUGUUUUCUUGGGGAAUGGACUGGACAGGAUUACUUUAGUGCUGCAACAUGUUUCAUGGCUAUGAGAUCGGACUAAAGGUUUGAAUGGAAAAUUUUUUAAAAAAUAUAGCAGAGAAUUUUUUAAUUAUUAUUUAAAUUACCAAAAAAUAAAUGAAUGCUUUUAAAAUGACUUUCAUGUUUUGUCUAUCCAGCUACUACAUUAUUUAAAUUUUGAUGAUCUUUUUUGAUGCCAUGAUUUUGCAAUUUUAUUCAGAACAUUCAAUCUCCAUGAACUUUUUGAUGCCGUCAACUUUUUUGUCCAGGACUUGGAAACCUCACUUUGUUGGAGUUAAUAGAAAUAACUGAGUGCCACAACCUUAUUGCCUGAUGCAUACAAGGGCUAAGCUGGCUUCGAACUUCAUUGAUUGAGAACAGCAAUAACAUCACAUCUUUCUCAUUGGGGCUAAAAUUCCUGUCUUCCCUUGAACAUUUGACUAUAAUGUGCUGUCCAGUACUGGGUUCUUUGCCUGAUGAUUUCAUUUGCAACAUCUAAGAGUUUGUCUACCAUGAAUUUUCCAAGCUGAAAUCUCUUCCGAAGGGAUUACAACAUGUAACUACACUGCAAAAUGUGGAAAUUUGCAGCUGUCCUGGUCUGCGAGCUUCACCUUUGUGGGUAGGAUAUGCUACCUCACUUAGACCUUUGACAUUAGCAGAUUUUCAUACUUUAGCAUCUCUGCGUGGAAGCUUUCAAUGCUUAAGUUCCCUCCAGCAUCUGUCAAUUUGAGAAUGUCCGAAUCUGGAGGAACAGCGCAAGAAGGAUAUAGGUGAAGACUGGGCAAAAUUGAAACACAUUGCACAUUACAUUGGAGCACUGCACUUUGGGACAUAUGACUCUGGAGGAAGCUCGUCUUUCUGAAAUUUGCUUUUUCCUAUGUUGUUCUUGUGUAGAUAAGUUCUACAUCUAUGGUUUUAGUUUGAAUUAAUGUUUAAACUUGAUAUUUCUCAUUCUUUCAAUAAAAUGGUUCAAAAUUUAUUAAUCUGUA